AUGGCUGAAAUACCGCAAACCGAUGUUGCUCGUCGCGCUGCAUUACCAACGGCCAAUCUCGGACAAAGGACGGCGCCGCGUGUGGCCGACGAGAAUUCGGAUGAAUACUUAGAUAACAUUGAGGAGGAAUGGAACAAGAAGGUCGAUGCCGAGAUCGCUACACUGGUUGACGGUAUGGUGGACCUGGUGAACCUAGCAUCGAUAGGAACCAAGGACAAGUUUAAGGUGGCGCAGGAGGCCUUUCAAGCCCAGUUCAGAGCGGAAAGCAUGGUCCGCGCUGCAAAUUCUCUGCUAUCUAUUAUACAUUCCAUGAAGCUCUUGCUUCUCUUAUCUGACGAGGCGCAGAUCGUCAGCCGGAGGGACGCGGAGCUCGCCAGCACGACACAAGAGAAAGAAGAAUUAAAGAAGAAGGUCACGGAAAUGCUGAACGACCUCCUCCGUCAGCCUAUCACCGGAGAAUCCACGACGCAGUCCGAGUGA